AAAUCUUUAUGAUCCCAACUAGGACCAUAUAGCCAUUUGGGAGGGAGAACUCUGUUCUUCCCAGCGUGAGUGUAGGGGGCGGAGCCCGAGGCCGACUCCCCGGAGGGCUAGACUUGGCUUUAGACGGGGGUAGGAGUCCCGACUCCUAAGGUUGAUGCAGCGAAGUGCGAGAUCAUUGCGAGGAGGCUGGCCUGCAGUGUGACCUGCCAUCUCCUGUUUCCAGAGCGGUGGUCAGCAUCCCGGAGCCUCCCGACCCUAUGACUCAUAGUCACGGGAGUGGAUACUGUAGUCUACAGGGCGGCCACUGGGUGGAAAAUGGGGGAGUGUCUAGCCGCAAAGCUUUGAUCUAGGGUGCCCAACGGGUAGCUCGCCUCUCUCCUAGCGGCACUCCUGCUGUACCUACGUUGGCUCUCCGGACACUCCUUCAGAGUUCCCUGAAACAUCUAAGGGGAGGGGAGAUAAAAUGUCCCUCUUCCUACGUUAUGCUUUGAUUUCCUUAGGGUACAGCACCGUAAUUGGGGGUGUGGGCGGGAGAGAAGCUGGGAUCCGAGGAAAGUCAAGGCGGAGCCUAAAGCGCUCCGGAAGCUCCCCGACUUCGGGGCUUGAGAUUGAAAGAGCAUCCCGGGACGGGGCCUUCCAGCCCCGAAGCAGCCUAUCCAGAGACCCUCAAAUUCUGAUCUUGAAGUUGGAGGCUCCUGGGGAAGUUCGUUUCUAACCUUUUAGAAGAAUUAGAGGAUUUGCGGCUGCCUGACCCCAGCCUAGAGUGUGUAGUGCCGCGGCUCGGGCAGCAUGACGACGGAGACCUUCGUGAAGGAUAUCAAGCCCGGGCUCAAGAAUCUGAACCUCAUCUUCAUUGUGCUGGAGACAGGCCGAGUGACCAAGACAAAAGACGGGCACGAGGUUCGGACCUGCAAAGUGGCAGACAAAACAGGCAGCAUCAAUAUCUCUGUCUGGGACGACGUGGGCAACCUGAUCCAGCCUGGAGACAUUAUUCGGCUCACCAAAGGGUACGCUUCAGUGUUCAAAGGUUGUCUGACACUAUACACUGGACGUGGGGGUGAUCUUCAGAAGAUUGGAGAAUUCUGUAUGGUUUAUUCUGAGGUUCCUAACUUCAGUGAGCCAAACCCAGAGUACAGCGCCCAGCAGGCACCCACCAAGACGUUGCAGAACGACAGCAGCCCUGCGGCUCCCCAGCCUACCACCGGAACCCCUGCCGUUUCUCCAGCCUCUGAGAACCAGAACGGGAAUGGACUGAGUGCCCCACCAGGCCCUGGUGGUGGCCCGCAUCCCCCUCACGCACCCUCGCAUCCCCCCAGCACCCGAAUUACCCGAAGCCAGCCCAACCACACACCUGCCGGCCCUCCGGGCCCGUCCAGCAACGCUGUCAGUAACGGCAAGGAAACCCGGAGGAACAGCAAGAGAUAGCAAGACGUCCUUCCUCCCUUCCCGCCACCCACCAUAGCCCCAGCAUCUCCUAGGGCACACAGCCUUCUACUAGGCUGUUGGCUUUUGGGGGGGUGGGGGUGGGUAGGUAGUAGUAUUUUAGCCACUAAAUUUCACUGGAGGGGUGGUGAGCAGUGGCCUUAUCCACCCUAAGCCCAUACUCCCUGCCUUGCCCAGCUGAAGCUGCCUAUCCCCUGGGAUUCAAGGCCCUCUGCCCACCCUCCUUCCUCUUAGAAACAACAGUCACAGUCUGUUUCUAGUGUGUGUGAUGUGGAAGUUGAAUUGAAUCCCUCCUUCCUAAUAAACGUUAACACUCUGUA